ACGCGGAGUCGCCGAACAGCGAGGACGCCUGGCCGGAGCUGCCCCCUGCAGCCCAGCCGGCGUCCCCUGCCCUUCGCCGCGGCGCUGGGCCGGCGCCCCCGCCGCCCUCGCAGCGCUCCUUGCGCUCGCCUCCCGCAGGGCGCGGAGCUCCGCCGCCGCCGGGUGCAGCGGGGCCGGCGCGAUGCGGCAGCUGUGCCGGGGCCGCGUGCUGGGCAUCUCGGUGGCCAUCGCGCACGGGGUCUUCUCGGGCUCCCUCAACAUCCUGCUCAAGUUCCUCAUCAGCCGCUACCAGUUCUCCUUCCUGACCCUGGUGCAGUGCCUGACCAGCUCCACCGCGGCGCUGAGCCUGGAGCUGCUGCGGCGCCUCGGGCUCAUCGCGGUGCCCCCCUUCGGCCUGAGCCUGGCGCGCUCCUUCGCGGGGGUCGCCGUGCUCUCCACGCUGCAGUCCAGCCUCACACUCUGGUCCCUGCGCGGCCUCAGUCUGCCCAUGUACGUGGUCUUCAAGCGCUGCCUGCCCUUGGUCACCAUGCUCAUCGGCGUCCUGGUGCUCAAGAACGGCGCGCCCUCGCCGGGGGUGCUCGCGGCAGUGCUCAUCACCACCUGCGGCGCCGCCCUGGCAGGAGCCGGCGACCUGACGGGCGACCCCAUCGGGUACGUAACGGGCGUGCUGGCGGUGCUGGUGCACGCCGCCUACCUGGUGCUCAUCCAGAAGGCGAGCGCAGACACCGAGCACGGGCCGCUCACCGCGCAGUACGUCAUCGCCGUCUGCGCCACCCCGCUGCUGGUCGUCUGCUCCUUCGCCAGCACCGACUCCAUCCACGCCUGGACCUUCCCGGGCUGGAAGGACCCGGCCAUGGUCUGCAUCUUCGUGGCCUGCGUCCUGAUCGGCUGCGCCAUGAACUUCACCACGCUGCACUGCACCUACAUCAACUCGGCCGUGACCACCAGCUUCGUGGGCGUGGUGAAGAGCAUCGCCACCAUCACGGUGGGCAUGGUGGCCUUCAGCGACGUGGAGCCCACCUCUCUGUUCAUUGCUGGCGUCGUGGUGAACACCCUGGGCUCCAUCAUUUACUGCGUGGCCAAAUUCAUGGAGACCAGAAAGCAAAGCAACUACGAGGACCUGGAGUCACAGCCCCGGGGAGAGGAGGCGCUGCCAAGUGGAGACCAGAUGCCGUUCGUUCUGGAGGAGCUGCCCCGGGAGGGAGGAAAUGGCCUGUCCGGAGGUGGCGAGGCAGCAGGUGGCCCCGCUCUGCAGAGGGAGCAAGAGGCAAGGGGCAACCCGGGCAGAGUCCCGCCGGUGGCUAGGAGCUCUGAGGAAGGGAACAAGAGAUCAUUAAAGGAUGCUUACCUGGAAGUGUGGAGGUUGGUUAGGGGAACCAAGUAUAUGAAGAAGGAUUAUUUGAUAGAAAAUGAAGAGUUACCCAGUCCUUGAAAAGGAAAUGCAUGUAUGUACAUAUGUACGUACACUUAUUUUGUAUGUUAGAAAGAACAUGUUUUAUUGAGGGGCCUUCCAGUUUUAUUAUGUGAGGAGUGGGAGAGGGAAGCAAAGAAAGAAGCUGAAAGGUAGUGACAGAGAGCAACAGAAUUAGCACCUGUGUGAAUUAUUAAGCGUGACUGCCUGAGGCAUCAUAGACGAAAGAAUGUGAAGGUGCUUAAUAAAGUCAGGCAGCGGUUUCUGCUUCAGACUCCUGGCACAUUGAUUUUUUUGUCAUUAUAACCACAACCAAAUAUCUGCAUGUACCAAGAGUCCCUAAACCACCCCCUCCAAAGAUGGAGUGUAAAAACGAUGACAGCACUUAAUGAGUUCAAAGAUUCAGGGGCACAUUUUUGAUGAUAGUUAGAACUACAGUUUUUAUCGACAGUUGGCAAAGAGUAUAUUGUUGACAUGACAUAUAUAAAUAUACUGAAUUGAUGUUUACUGUUUAUAGUCAUCUGAAAUGUUUACUCUAAUUUUUCUUUACUUGUUUUUUAAAAUAAGUGCUCUAUUAGUCUAUUAUAUAUUGGUAGAAAAUGUUAAAGCUAUUUUGAAAAUAUGAGUUCUUAACUAUGAAGUCUAAAGUUUGCUUUUAGUAAUUAUAAAACUAGUCUAAAAAUUGUUUUGGUUCAUUGCUUUGUAAUAUUUAUUAUUGAAUGCCAUGACCUUUCUUAAAACCAGUUUUACUGUGUCCAAUAUUCUUUCAAGCAAAUGCUAUGGCUGAAAUAUAAUUCAGGAUUAACUAAAGCCCAGCCAGAGAGGGGCGAUCCUGUUAAGCAACCCUUUCCAGUCGCACCGCACAUCCCAAACCAUGUUACCGAAAGAGCAACCGCUAUAGUCACAUUAUGAUAUUUUUCUAUCUUAAAUUUGUCAAAAUAAAGUAUGUCUAUCUAUUAAAA